AUGUCACUGAUUUGGUCAAUGAUUGGAGUGGUUACUUGCGUCUUUUCAAUGACUUCUCUGGCUAUGGAUAUAUCUGUUGCUGGUCCAAAUGGAAUCUAUUUGUGGAGUUUGUUAUCCUCUGUAUCACAUGGAGGAGCUCUUGCUCUUUUCUAUUCACAAUUUCAAUCAAGUUUCAAAAUCUCAAUGCUUCUCGAAGAACAUCAUGAUAUCGGAUUCACAACAUUCAAUCAAGCAAGUCUUUCAUAUGCAUUUUAUAUGUCUUUAUGUGCACUAUUUGCUCUUUAUAUUCCACCGUUAACAUUAGUUGUUUUUACGGAAAAAAUAGCGAUCGGGGGUAGAUCAAAGACUCCAACUAACUUCGAUCCUACAUUAAUGUUGUAUUGA